UUCACCGAACGAUACAUAUUUUUUUAAUUCUACUAGUCCAAAUAGACCAACUACAAGUUUAAUAUUAGAUUCUUAUAUUGAAGAUAUUGAAAAUUAUAUGAUAAUGAUAGAACAUUCUGCAAGAAUAAAUAAUCAAAAUUUGGUGUUUUGUAAUCAGGAGAUAGAUAGUUCGCUUAUUUAUCGUGACAAAAAAGGUUUUAAGUAUUUUAAACGUGAAAGUGGUAUGAAGAUUCUUAAUGCAGCAAAAGUAUCAUUAGAUGGUGAAGGUAGAUUUACAAGCAAAACUUAUAGAGAAUCUGGUAUA